AUGCUGAAGUAUCCGGGCUUGUCGGACGCAACAAAGCUACACUACCUGACGCACUCGCUGAAAGGAAAAGCGGCGGAGCAAAUCCUCAAGAGUUUCGAGAACAAGCGCACAAUCCUUGACUUACACACGAAUGGAAUCAUAAACCUCCCGAAAAUGGAGAAUGAAAGUGCGGCAGAGUUAAGAAAGCUUGUGGAUGAAUGCAGCCGGCACGUUGAAGACUUGGAGUUCCACGACAAGAAGAUGCUGGGAAUUUCCGAGAAUUUGAUGAUUUCCCUACUGACGUCGAAGCUUGAUCAUGCGACGCUAAAUCAGUGGGAAAAUACCAUCAAGCACAAGGAAAUCCCGAAAUACAAAGAAACGAUCCAGUUUCUUCGAGGUAGAUGUUUCACUCUCGAACGUUGUGAAGCAAAUGCAGCGAAAAAGCCUGUCGAAACAUGGAAACAUGGAAGGUCAUUGGUUCCCAAACCGAAGCCUACCGUGAAAGUGCAUGCAGCACAACAGGAAAUUGAGGAAACGUGUGGAAUUUGCGACGACUCACACAGCGUCAACAACUGCAACGUCUUGAAGCAGAUGCCCAUGUCCAAGCGUGUGGAGAAGGUCAAGGAAAAACAGUUGUGUUUUAACUGCCUUAAACGAGGACAUCGAGUCAGUCAGUGCAGAUCUAGGGCUUGUACCAUCAGCGGUUGCGGUGCAUUUCGUGAUCCUUUCGACAGCCGUCGUCGAAGUUGA